AUGCCAUAUGCCUCGAACCACUAUCCGUUCGAAAACAAAGACCGGUUCCAAGGAGACCUCUUCCCAGCGGACUUCAUUGCUGAGGGCCUCGAUCAGACGCGCGGCUGGUUCUACACCCUGACGGUUCUCGGGAACAAGCUCUUUGGUGUGUCACCGUUCCGAAAUUGCAUCGUUAACGGGCUUGUGUUGGCCGAAGACGGCAAGAAGAUGUCCAAGAGCCUGAAGAAUUUCCCAGACCCAUCUCAUAUUCUUGACAACUACGGAUCGGAUGCACUUCGCCUCUACCUCAUCAACUCGCCCGUCGUCCGAGGCGAGCCGCUGCGCUUCAACGAGGCUGGAGUCAGAGAAGUCAUAAGUCGCGUACUGCUGCCUCUUUGGAACAGUUACCGUUUCUUCUCGGAGCAGGCCAUCCUAUUUCAAAACACGACAGGGACGGCUUUUAUUUCCACAUCAUCUGCAAACGACAAGAUCUUGAAUAUCACAGACCGAUGGAUCCUUGCCGACUGCCAAGUCUCCUGCGGUUCAUGGACCAAGAAAUGGAAGAUAACCCCAACCUGGUAUUUUUUCAUACAUUUGUCUUACAUUUUCCCAGGGUAUCGCUUAUACACAGUUGUUCCGCGACUGCUGCAAGUCAUUGAUAACUUGACGAACUGGUACAUUCGCUUCAACCGCAAACGACUGAAAGGCGCAGCUGGCCUGGGCGUGGGAGAUACGACCGCAGCGCUCAACACGCUCUUCCAGGUCCUCUUCACCGUUGUACGCUCUAUGGCUCCGUUCACACCGUUCAUCACGGAGCACAUUUAUGGUCUAUUGAAACCGUAUAUCAGCGACUUUGACGAGGGACGCGAAAAUACAGCGAGCGUCCACUUUCUUCCUUUCCCCGCGGUCCAAGAGGCGCUCCUAGAUACCGUGGUGGAGAGGCAGAUGUCUGCCAUGCAGAGGGUCAUCAGACUCGCGAGAACAGCGCGAGAGCGCCUCGGCAUUAGCCUCAAGUCCCCCCUCAGAUCGUUGGUGGUGAUUGGGGAUGCCCAGUUUCUUGCCGACGUUGAUCGGUUACGGUCUUACGUGGCAGAAGAACUCAACGUUCGGGACAUCGUACUCACAGAUGACGAAGAGGAGUACGGCAUCCAUCUAAAGGCGAAAGUGGAUUGGCCAACGCUGGGCAAGAGGCUCAAAAAAGACGUCCAGGUUGUUCGCAAGGCGCUUCCUGGUCUGACGCAGGAGGCACUUCGGACGUACCAGCGCGAGAAGCAUAUCGUGGUUCAGGGAAUACACCUCGCAGAAAAUGACUUGAGCAUCGUGUGGGAGAUGCCUGUUGAGAAACAGAAUGCGUCUUCGCCAACAGAUGGCCCCACCUGGGAGCCAUCCUUUGACGAAGAUGUUGUGGUGCUGCUCGAUGGCACAUCCUACCCGGAUCUGCUCGAAGACGGCCUAGCCCGCGACAUCCUUACGCGGUUUCAGAAGCUCCGGAAAAAGGCCGGCCUGGUCCCUCUCGAUGAUGUUCGCAUGCAAUAUAGCGUUCUGGCCAACCCGGAGGGGGUGGAUGUUACUACUCUGAUCUCAUCCAGGCAGUCCAUGUUCACGAGUUCACUUCGUGGAAAGUUGGAGGAGCGAUCAGGAGAGAGCGGGUCUGACGAAAGUCUAAUUGAGGAGGACCAGGCCCUGGGCAAUCUGGUUUUGCGACUUCGCCUCGCCCAGGUUCACACGGAACUUAAUUAG